AUGUCCGGGCAAAAGAAAGGUAGUGCAGCACAGCAAGCAAAUGCGGCCCCUGUUGUUCAUAAGGUCAUUAUGGUUGGUACUGGUGGUGUAGGAAAAUCGGCGUUGACACUCCAGUUUAUGUACGAUGAGUUUGUGGAAGAGUAUGAACCAACAAAAGCGGAUUCCUAUCGUAAAAAGGUGGUAUUGGAUGGAGAAGAAUGCUCAAUCGAUAUCCUGGAUACAGCUGGUCAAGAAGAUUAUUCAGCGAUCAGAGACAAUUAUUACCGAAGUGGUGAAGGUUUCAUCUGUGUUUUCUCCAUUCUGGAUAUGGAUUCCUUUGACGCAACCACAGAGUUCAGGGAACAGAUUCUUCGCGUAAAGAAUUCUGACAACUCAGUUCCUAUCGUUCUUGUUGGGAACAAGGCCGAUCUUCGCGAAGAACGUGUUGUACCCUUGGAAAUGGCUCGGCAGAGGUGA